AUGGCGACGGGACCGGCUACUCAAUCGCUCAAGUGCGUGGUGACAGGCGACGGUGCCGUGGGAAAAACAUGUCUCCUCAUCUCCUACACAACCAAUGCUUUCCCGGGAGAGUAUAUCCCGACCGUCUUUGACAACUAUACGGCCAGUGUAAUGGUCGAUGGCCGGCCGAUCAGCCUCGGACUCUGGGAUACCGCCGGACAAGAAGAUUACGACCGUCUCCGCCCACUAUCCUACCCCCAAACCGAUGUCUUCCUGAUCUGCUUCUCGAUCGUUAGCCCUCCUUCCUUCGAUAACGUCAAAGCCAAGUGGUUCCCUGAGAUUGAACACCACGCCCCCAGUGUCCCCAUCAUUUUGGUCGGCACCAAGCUCGACCUGAGAGACGACCUCGCCACCACCGAAGGCCUUCGCGCUCGAAAGAUGGAGCCCGUCUCGUACGAGCAGGCCUUGGCCGUUGCCAAGGAGAUCCGCGCCCAUAAGUACCUCGAAUGCUCAGCUCUGACCCAGCGCAACCUGAAGAGCGUGUUUGACGAAGCUAUCCGGUACCGUCUCCCCUUCCCUGUAGCACAAAAACCCCCCAUUCUCACCAGAACUGAUUGA